AUGCAGAGAAUAUUAGAGAAGAAACACUUCAGAAACAAACAGAAAGAGAUAGAAUACAUUUCGAAGAAAUUGCAAUCUUACGAUUGGAAGACUUACCCUCAUAGAUGUCUUCUUAUCUUAGAUGACUUUGCUUCUCAUCCUUUGUUAAAGAACAGAGAACAAGAUAUGUGUCGAAUUCUUAAGAAGCUCAGACACUUUAACAUCUCAGUUGUCAUUUGUGUACAGACAGCAAAGAGUUUAAGUAAGGAUGUUAAAAGAAUACUUACUGACAUAAUACUUUUCCCUGGAUUGUCCGAAGACGAUUUCAUGGAACUUAUGAAAGAGUCCAUGGCAGGUAAGUUUGACAGACAUGAACUAUGGGAGAAGUACAAAGUCAUACAAGACCCUCAUACUUCUUUCAGAAUUCAUAUCUACGCAAACAAAGUUCAAAUUGUAAAAAGUCAAUAA